CCUGAAGGAGAGAGAGGAGCAAAGAGAGAAAAGGGUAGAUCCACAGAUGAGGAGAGUCUGAAAGAAGAAGAGACGCACAGAUGGAGUAAGAGUGGGAAAUGAAAGGAAUUGAGUAAACACCGCUGCCUGCCUGAGGACCACUGCAGCUGUACUAAAUCUGGGGCUGUCAGGCCAGCCCUCAGCGAAGCAGUGAGUGAGGCAAGGGUGCAGAGGAGAAAAAUAAGUGAUUUAAAGAGCUGAUCUCAUCACUCUGGACAAACAGGGAUGGGAACCGCAAGAGCCUUUCAGUCAGCAGAUCAAACUUCACGCAGGAAAAGUGCCUUCGGAUCACCAUUCUCUUCAGAGGAGUGAAAAAACAGGAGCGAAAAAGAGAGUUGUCCUUCGCUACACUAUUGAGUACAGCUCAAGUCUCUGCUGUCCCCCUUGGACCUCCCUCACACCUGCCUGGUCCCGGUGAAUGUCUUCUCUGCAUGCAAUCCCGCUGCUCGGCAGUUGAACACACUCAUGGUUGAUGCCAAGGGAAGGAACAUGAAAUGUCUGACUUUCUUCUUAAUGCUUCCUGAGUCAGUGAAAAGCAAGUCAAGUAAGAGCGCCAAGAAAGGGAAUGCCAGCGGCAGCUCUAAGCUGCCCCCUGUCUGUUAUGAGAUAAUCACUCUGAGCAGCAAGAAGAAGAAGAUGGAAGCGGAUAUUUUUCCCAGCAAAAAGCCGGCGUCCACCAACACAGUGCAACAGUACCAGCAGCAGAACCUCAACAACAACAACACCAUACAGAACUGUAACUGGCAAGGACUCUACUCCACUAUCAGAGAAAGAAAUUCCGUAAUGUUCAACAAUGAGCUGAUGGCAGAUGUUCACUUUGUGGUGGGUCAGCCUGGAAGGACCCAGCGGCUGCCGGGACACAGAUAUGUUUUGGCUGUGGGCAGCUCAGUGUUCCACGCCAUGUUUUAUGGUGAACUGGCUGAGAACAAUGAUGAAAUCCAUAUUCCAGAUGUGGAACCAGCAGCAUUUCUGGCAAUGCUGAAGUACAUCUACUGUGACGAGAUUGACCUGAGUGCUGACACAGUGUUGGCCACUCUUUAUGCUGCCAAGAAGUACAUUGUCCCUCAUCUGGCACGUGCAUGUGUCAACUUCCUGGAAACCAGCCUGAGUGCCAAGAAUGCCUGUGUGUUACUCUCACAGAGCUGCCUGUUUGAGGAGCCAGAGCUGACACAGCGCUGUUGGGAGGUGAUUGAUGCCCAGGCAGAGCUGGCGUUAUGCUCGGAGGGCUUCUGCGACAUCGACACCCAGACCCUGGAGAGUAUCCUACAGCGAGAGACACUUAAUGCUAAAGAGAUAGUGGUAUUUGAAGCGGCGCUCAGCUGGGCUGAGGCUGAGUGCCAGAGACAAGACAUCACCUUGUCGACGGACAACAGGCGUAAGGUUUUGGGCAAGGCCAUGUACCUGAUACGUAUUCCUACGAUGGCUCUCGAUGAUUUUGCCAACGGAGCGGCCCAGUCGGGCGUGUUGACGCUUAACGAGACCAAUGACAUCUUCCUGUGGUACACAGCAGCCAAGAAGCCUGAGAUGCAGUUUGUCAGUAUGCCUAGGAAGGGCCUGACACCCCAGCGCUGCCACAGAUUCCAGUCAUGUGCAUACCGAAGUAAUCAGUGGCGCUAUCGGGGCCGCUGUGACAGCAUACAGUUUGCAGUGGAUAAAAGAGUUUUCAUCGCAGGGUUUGGACUGUAUGGAUCUAGCUGUGGCUCAGCAGAGUACAGUGCCAAGAUUGAGUUGAAACGUCAAGGAGUACUGCUGGGACAACAGCUCAGCAAAUACUUCUCUGAUGGUUCCAGCAACACUUUCCCAGUAUGUUUUGAGUAUCCAGUACAGAUCGAGCCUGACACCUUCUACACUGCAAGUGUGAUUCUGGAUGGGAAUGAGCUCAGCUACUUUGGACAGGAAGGGAUGACAGAGGUGCAGUGUGGGAAAGUGACAUUUCAGUUCCAGUGCUCCUCGGAUAGCACUAACGGCACUGGGGUGCAGGGGGGACAGAUUCCGGAGCUCAUCUUUUAUGCUUGACAACCCCUGCUCGACUGACUUUCAGUGCAUUUAAGAACAUUAGAAAAGUAUCACUUUGUGCAUAGUGUCACUUUCUGGUAUUUAUUUUGGUCACAAUUGUGCAACGACUACAAAUCACUUUUAGACCUGUGAUAUGGUCUUGUGUGGUUUUGAUUUCAGUAAAUGGUCCACUUGAGUAGGAUCAGAUAAAUGUCUCAAGAUGUUGGAUUGUCCACAUACGGGGAUGAACAAAAGACUUCACAGAUUAGAAAUAUCUUGCACUAGAUGUGCAGGUAUGUAUGCAUAUAUGUAAAUUAUGAAAUGUAUAUGAUGCCACAAUUGUGGCCAACACAGGUCACAAAGAUUUCUCAUAUGAUGAGUAUGCUACAGUAUGUUUAUUAUUUCUAUGCUUGCAUAGAAUGCACAUACAGUAUAUAGCAGCAAUAUUUCAUAUUCUUCAAUGAGCGUUUCAUGCCAUGACUCAGUCUGGACCAUCACCAUUACAAAAGAAAUGAACAAAGGCUGUAUGAUACUCAAUACCCGACAAAGGCAUAUGUAUUGGAGUAGUUUCAAUUGAAUUUGCAGCUUUUUGAUACUUUGAAUCUAGUAACGGGGCACUUAGAAAGGGUUUCAGGGGUCUUAGAUUAGGUAGCAGAAACACAUAACCCAAACAGCAGCUGGAGCAUGUUGAACUACACUCAUCUCACUCCACUGAGGUUUCAUUUAGAUCAGUGUCAUUAUGUUUACAGUGAAAAUCUACUUAAAGUGAUCACCAUUCACCAUUCCAUUGCAGAGUGAAUGGUUUCUUUGGUGUAAUAUGUCUGCAUUGCAGUACUUGCAGCAUGGGCAAAACAGUUCCAAUUCAGCUUACACGUGUACGACUAAUCGUUGGGACGCCUUCGUUUUGUUUACAGCAAAAAGAGCCACGAUUGAAUCUGAGUUAGAAACCCUUUACCUGAUGGACAUUUACUUCUCUUUGUUAACUCUGAACUGCUGAGCACUCCCUCGCAAUGUGAUCCCAUACAGUAUCUAUAUUUGCAUACUGUAUAUGCUACAGAAGUACACUGAUGUUAGUUUGUAAAAAAAAAUCUAUAUAUUUUGCUUUACUCACUCUUUUAAAGGAGGCAUAAUCUUUUGAUUUUCUGUGCUAUGGAUAUUUUUUUCUGGUGUGGGAUGAAAAUCCAUAAGCUUGUCUGCUGAUGACAAUAGAUGGGCAAACUGGUGUUCGCGUCCUGUGUAUACAUGCUACAUUGCCGGGAGACCAAGGAAUGUGUAUGAUUGUUGAUUCAAAUAAACAAAACAAGUGGUA